CACCGUACGUGUCAACCGCGUCCGCUCCGUUCUCAACAGUCAUGACAGCCACAGCUCUCGCAAUCGCGUUGCGUCCAGUAGCAGAUCAGUUUACGUUCCUAACCACCACCAAGGUUCAUUCAACGCUGUUUCCGUACCCAUGGGCAUCAACAUUACACGCAGCGAGGAUUUCGCUCAUGUAUCAAGGUAAUAUGAAAAAAGCUGGUCAGGAAAAGGCUAUCGGAUGGAAAGCAUACCUCGUAGGAUAUCUAGUCAUGUCCUGGGGUGGAAUGCUAAUUUCCCAUUUUUUGCUUAAUCUCCCGCCUCCUCCUUUAUACUCCAUACAUCCCUACAUAAAUUACUUGGGUGUACAUCUUCUCCUUACACUCGCUGUUUCCUCCUAUCCAACGAUCCUUUCCCCACAAAACCUCCCAAUCUACGACCUUGUUCUGUUCCCUCUUGACGCCGUUCUCCGUGUUAACGCCAUUACAUCUUCCCUUACUGUACUAUCCUCAAACGUGUCUGUAAAUCCGGUGCUUGUUAACUCUCCGCUCUUCCAUCUCAUCAUUGGUGCUGUCGCAUCCGCCGGAGGCGGUGUAUCAGCAGGAACCUUCUCUCUGUGGACAUCUCAAUGGGCUUUCUCUACUCCAGUAUUUCUAAGAUCUACUGCAGGAUGGAUAGCUACACUGGAUUUGUGGGGGGGAAGUGUCGUCGCUCUCGUAUAUGGCCUAUCAACCUCACAUCCCGCUUUUGAGAGUUUGCGUCUAUCUUUUACCGUUAUUCCUCCACUUUCACCACUUGGAGCCAAGGCCUUGUGUACGAUCGUACUUGGGGGUUUGUUUGGGUACCGGGUGGUGACUGCCAUACCCGCUUCUGCACCCCAAAAGGUCGAAGGAUUAAAGGAAGAUCGGGACAAAGGUAAGGCGAAGACACAGUGAUAUGGUGAUUCUUCCGGUAUCGUUCACUCGCGAGUCCAAAGAGUGUGUAAUCACGAAUUACUUACCUGGAACUCUGACGACUUUCCGGUCACAUCGCGUUCCGCAUCAUUAGUUGAGAAUGGCAAAUGGCAGCGGCGUCUGUGCGCGACUCCUGAUCAUGAGACUGCGCCCAGGGCGUAGGAACCUUGAGCUUGUGCCUGAUUUCACGACAUGUGCUGCAAUUUUCCGGCUGCUGACUGAUUAUAUUUUCCGAAAACCGAAGAAUCCGAGGCUUAAGAACGUUUUGAAAAGUUGGGGCAGGGCAAAAGCAGUGAAGACAGGUCAUAAAA